AUGGCUAUUCUUUUGACCGUCGCAGCACUAGCUGCCCUUGUUAUUCAAUCGGUUGCAGCCUCUCCCCUCAUGGAUACUCUCCUGCAAAUACCUGAUUUAUCUACCUACGCCGAGGUGUACAACCUGACCGGCGGCAUCGUGGAGAUCAAUCCACUAUUCCUCAAGCGCUACAACUACGACGAAGACAAACGUAACUACACUUUCCUUGCGCCCACUAAUGAUGCAUGGGCCAAGAUUCCCGACGCCAUCUUCACAACUCUCAUGACUCAACAAGCCUACCCUUUAACCGAGGCACUUCUGCGCACGCACAUCAUCGAGGCUCGUCUUACGGCAUCCGAGCUUGUCAAGUUGUCUGAAAGCGAAGGCGCAGGAGGAAUCUCUACUUCACUCCAGCUGUCCAAUACUACCGAGCAAUACCACAACGGUGUUUUGACCAAAACGGUGCAGGGAUACUACAUUGACUCUGUCAUUUCCUCAAACGGUACCGUCCAGAUUGAUGAUCAAGCUGCUAUCGUGACGGCGAAUAUUGUUGCAGACAAUGGCUUGAUCCAUGCAAUCGAUCAGGUCAUUGACCCUUUCCUGAUUUAUGGCGGUGGACCCAGCAAUCGGACAUUGGCGCCAACCAGUGAGACAACAAACUUGACCAUCGGAGAGUUACUGAAGAUUGACUCGCGCCUUGUGAAUUCUUCGAAGAUCCUUACUGAGAAUUCCCCGGAUACAUUGCGACGUUUGUCGAAACAGACGGGGAGUAUGCAGUUCUUCGUUGCUCCACAAAAUGAGGCUUAUGACCUGAUGCCUACGAUCCUUCCCAUAUUUCACACCCUCGUUGCGCCAUACAAAAGCCCGUUCAACACUCUAAUGUGGCAAUAUGGCUGGCUUGACAGUGAUGGCGAGACCUUUGCUGAUCUGAAUUUCACCCGUCCUGUCACAGUAGCCAGUGACGUCACAGGGCUGAAUAUCACCGUCACCCAAGAGAAGAGUGCCAUCUUUAUCAUGAACGCAGGUCUUGUCACAUAA